GCGUAUUGUACAGCCUUGUGUUGGAGGAUUGGCCACACAGGGCGAGCCUGGAGCUCAGGGCCCACCAGGACCUCCCGGCCCUCCAGGGCCCUCAGGGACCUCUGGACUGAAUGGUGCUAGUGGACCGCCGGGUAAACCUGGUGAACCAGGAAAACCUGGGAAAGAUCUAAGGCUCCUACCAGGGAUGAAGGGUGAGCCAGGCAUGGCAGGAAUAAAGGGUGAUGUUGGCCCCGCUGGUCCUGAAGGCCCCAAGGGACUGAAGGGAGACCUUGGACUGAAGGGUGACAAGGGCGAACCCAGCGCAGCAGGAACUGGCAUCAAAGGAGAACCAGGGACCCCAGGACUCCCAGGCCUAUCAGGAUCCAAGGGUGACAAAGGCGACCAAGGUCUCAAGGGGGAAGCAGGAUCUGAUGGCCCAGCUGGACCAAGAGGUCCUCCAGGUGCAGCAGGGGAGCCAGGGAAAUCAGAAAUCAUCAACAAUGAAAAUGAUAUUCGGAAUGUACCUUUGAUGGGCCCACCUGGCCCUCCAGGGGUCUCCGGAACACCAGGAACAAAGGGUGAAGUUGGCCUUCCAGGCCCUUCAGGUCUUGACGGAGAGAAGGGUCCUCGGGGGAAGCCUGGAGAGCCAGGUCCUGUUGGCCCAGCGGGCCCUGAAGGUCCCAGAGGGGAGGGGGGCCUGAUGGGUUUCUCAGGACCCAAAGGAGACAAGGGGGACAUGGGUCCCUUUGGAUCAUCUGGUCAGAAGGGCGAGUCCGGAGAUAAGGGAGGAAGGUCAGACAUGGUCUAUGGGCCCCCAGGGCCUCCAGGGCCCCAAGGACCAGUUGGCCCCGCGGGACCUGAAGGACUGGGAGGACCAAAGGGGGAGCAUGGCAUAGGCAUACGGGGAGAGAAGGGAGCAUCUGGUUCGAAGGGCGAUAGAGGGGACAGGGGCCAUCUUGGACUUCCUGGUCUAAUAGGACCAGUUGGUGUGGCAGGGCCAGCAGGACCAAAGGGAGAUAGAGGUUUCAUGGGAGAUUCAGGAGUCCCAGGACCAAUUGGUCCUCAAGGCAUCCCUGGUUUAGUAGGACCACAAGGAUUCAAAGGGAACCGGGGAGAGAGGGGCAAGAAAGGCAACAGGGGAACUAAAGGGGAUAAGGGAGACCAAGGAGCACCCGGAUUAGAUGCCCCCUGUCCGUUGGGGGAUGACGGCCUACCAGUAUCAGGGUGUUGGAAUAAAUGACGAUAACUUCGAGGUGGCACGUGUGAUUGUACAUAGAAUAUUUAUUUUUGUACUUUGUAUGUGCUUUCUUAUAUUGAGGGAAGAAAAAGAAAAUCAUAACAAUACGCCAGGAGUUUUGUACAGAUUGUUUAUUUUUAUUACUUGUAAUAAUGUUUAUGUAUUGGAUUUUAUUUUAGAGCUAUGCAUUAUGUCGACAUGUUUGAAUAAGGAAGAAUGACAAUGUGGCUACAUACAGUAUGCAUGAUAUUUGUGCAUAAUGUGAAUGGAUAUUGCCUAUUAACUUAUUGUAUCAUGUGAUUUUGUUUUGUUGUGACCAUGCUGCACUGAAUUGUGGGGCUGGAAAGAUGAAGCGUUGGCUUAUUGAAAUAUCUUAGUUGAACCCUCUUUGUAGCGAUCAAAACUAUCAAAAUGAACAGCACCGCAAAUAAUUCCUGUCUAAAUAUGUACACAACUCAAGUCACGGUGACAGACAGCACUGUAUUUAGUCUGCACUGUACAGUAUAGCCAUUUGAAUCACUAGCACACAGAUACUCAUGGAUCUCAUCCGAUUUGAACCGUUUAGGAUUUCUGAUAUCACAAACCCAUAAAGUAUCCUGACUAGCCAGCAUGCCACACAAGCACAUGUUGUCGCUUUCUCUGAAAGGGGAUCUCAUGAAGGCGGUUUCAACUAAGAUUGCCAGACCAUUUCAAGCUUUAAUUGUUUCCACCAUGGCAAAACUGCCAUUUUUAAAUAGAAAACAAAUACUUAGCGUUCGCUGCUUUUUCACUGGCUGAGUAGUUAUACAGCCAGAGUGACCAACCAUUCUAAGCUAUAGCUUCACAUAUAACCUGACCUCAAUUUGUCCAAGUUAUCUGUAAAUAUUUUUGGGGGACCAAAUCUAAGGGGCCACCCAUUGCUUUUUCACUAUCAGGCUCUCUUUAACCAUGGGUGUUUGCCUUUUUGUUAGAACGUUAUCAAAUUGAGACAAACCCAUGUUACAAGCUUUCUCUUGGAUGACUGAAAUAUUGCUGCUCACCCUUAAGGCAUGCUGCUGCAACCGGCCACAUAGCCUCUACGGCCAGUGUACCUCAUCCAUUUAUUUAUAUGAAGAAAGCCAUUAAUGGACAAUAAAUAUAUAUUUUUUGAUAAGAAAAAACAGACUUGUUAUUUACAGCUGUUUUAUAGGAUGUAGUAGUCUACGUCUAUGUGUUUAUGAAUCAGUAUUGAAGAAAUGGAUGAAGGGGACUGGAGUAGAGUUGCUCCAUUACCGCUGCUCAUUGUAAAAAAGCUCUGUGUUCUGCUCUGCCUGGAAAUGUAUAGCUAGAUUAAGAGAUUGUCAGAUUACCACCCUCAAUAAAGUCUCCAUCGGGUUCUUAUACCUCAUACUAUGCCUU